AUGGGAGACUCUACUAUACUCUCGGCUAUGUUGGAAUACCGCGAUGAACUCGGUGCUGUUGCAGAGUUCCUUCGAAAGCUAGCAGGCAUCUGCUGGACCCUGAAUUACUUCAGUAUGAUGUACGUUUCUGGGAGAGAAAAAGUUCCAAACACAGGAAUUUUCCCUCUUUGCAAUGAUAUCGCAUGGGAGUUUGUCUAUGCCUUCGUUCACCCCGCUGCAAGUGCACACUGGGAAGGAGGUGUAAAGAUAUGGUUUUUGGUUCAUCUUGCGGUGGUCUCGUACAUACUCAAGUUUGCACCGAAUGAAUGGAAUGAUGUACCGAUAGUGAAAAACAACAUCUACCUCAUUUAUUUGGUGGUAAUUCUUGGCUUUACUGCGGGUCAGCUGUCUUUUGCAGCUGAGGUUGGGCCUGACUUGGGCUUUUUCUAUGGGGGUGUUCUAUGUCAAACACUGGCAAGCCUCGGGCCAAUCUGCCAGCUUUUGAGCCGGAACAGCACGCGUGGAGCUUCUAUUCUGACCUGGUCAUUACGUGCGAUUGCAACUUUUGGGGGCUUUAUCAAACUCACAAUCUACUAUAUCUGUGAUACCCCUGCAGGUCCGUGGUUCGAAAGCCCAAUGUGCAAGUUUUACAUUGGAUUGACUCUCACCCUUGACAUCAUAUACCCUUGCCUGUAUUAUGUUGUUCGACGUCAGGAAAAACGUAUUGCUGUGGGGCAAAAGAAGGUCAAAUAG